AUGAAUUCCCUAAGAAUAAUAAUCAAUUCAAAAUCAUUAUCUCGUAAAAUCCAAUUUCCCUCAUCUACAACUUGUACUCAAGUUUUUCUUCGUCUUCGACAAAAAUCAACUUCGACUACGUCUACAAACACUUCAUUUUCACAAUCACGUAUUGACGAAAAUAUAACAGUUUGGAAUGUAUAUGGGCCUCCGUUAGUUAAUUGUUUUUUAAUCGGUUCGAUAACUUAUAUCAGUUUACAAGUUAUGUGGUAUAAAUUAGCUUUUAUCGAACUCCGAGAAGAGAUGGAAAAUAAAGUAAAUGAGUUAGAAAAUAAAAUAAAUUAUUUAAGAAAAAAUAAUUUAGAAGUUGAUUAA